UUAAGUUCCUUCCGGUCUCCACUGUAUGCCUGGGCCUACUCCCCCCCUCCACAUCCCCCACCCCUCCCCCUUACCUUCUCACUUUCUUCCUCCCUCUCUCACUUUCUAUCUCUCCACCUCUUUCCCCCGCCUCACUACCCCUCACGCACGGCUCCACCUAGCUCUCCCCUCCCUCGCCCUACCCCUUCCCUCCUCCUUCCCCUCCCCCCGCCUCCGCCCGGAAGGCUCCAGUGUCGGGAGCAUCCGCGGCUGCGUCACCGCCGCCCCCCCCCAGACAAGAUGGACACCGCCGAAGAAGACAUAUGUAGGGUGUGUCGAUCAGAAGGAACACCUGAGAAACCGCUAUAUCAUCCGUGUGUAUGUACUGGCAGUAUUAAAUUUAUCCAUCAAGAAUGCUUUUACUAUCUGUUGGAGCUUAGUUCAGUGGUUGAAACACAGCAGAAAAGAAUACUGUGAACUAUGCAAACACAGAUUUGCUUUCACACCAAUUUAUUCCCCAGAUAUGCCUUCAAGGCUACCAAUCCAAGAUAUUUUUGCUGGACUGGUUACAAGUAUUGGCACAGCAAUACGUUACUGGUUUCACUAUACACUUGUGGCCUUUGCAUGGUUGGGAGUUGUACCUCUUACAGCAUGCCGUAUCUACAAGUGCUUGUUUACUGGCUCUGUGAGCUCACUAUUGACACUGCCAUUAGAUAUGCUGUCAACGGAAAAUUUAUUGGCAGAUUGUUUGCAGGGUUGUUUUGUGGUGACCUGCACUCUUUGUGCAUUUAUCAGCCUUGUGUGGUUGCGAGAACAAAUAGUCCAUGGUGGAGCACCACAGUGGUUGGAACAAAAUCAUGCUCAACCUCUCAAUGCUGCUGGACAACAAAAUGAGGCUCCAGGUGUGGGAAAUGGUGCUGAAAAUGUUGCAAUUGAUCAGCCUGCUAACCCACCAGCUGAGGAUGCAGUAGUAGGGGAAAACCCUGAAAUUCAGGAAGAACAAGCUGAUGAAGAAGAGGAAGACAAUGAGGAUGAAGAGGAUGCUGUAGUUGAAGAUGCAGCAGAUGCUAAUAAUGGGGCACAAGAUGAUAUGAACUGGAAUGCUUUAGAAUGGGAUCGAGCUGCAGAAGAAUUAACAUGGGAGAGAAUGCUUGGACUUGAUGGGUCACUAGUUUUCCUAGAACAUGUCUUUUGGGUGGUGUCUCUGAAUACAUUAUUUAUUCUUGUCUUUGCAUUUUGUCCUUACCACAUUGGUCAUUUUUCUGUUGUUGGCUUGGGAUUUGAGGAAUAUGUCCAAGCAUCUCAUUUUGAAGGCCUAAUUACAACAAUAGUUGGCUAUGUACUUUUAGCAAUAUCACUGAUAAUUUGUCAUGGUUUGGCAGCUCUUGUGAAAUUUCAACGAUCUCGUCGUUUACUAGGAGUCUGCUAUAUUGUUGUUAAGGUCUCUUUAUUAGUGGUAGUAGAAAUUGGAGUGUUCCCUCUCAUUUGUGGCUGGUGGCUAGAUAUAUGUUCUCUGGAAAUGUUUGAUGCUACUUUGAAAGACCGAGAGUUGAGCUUUCAGUCUGCUCCAGGAACCACGAUGUUUCUGCACUGGCUAGUGGGAAUGGUCUAUGUCUUCUACUUUGCUUCUUUCAUUCUUUUACUAAGAGAGGUGCUGAGACCUGGUGUCUUGUGGUUUCUAAGAAAUUUGAAUGAUCCAGAUUUUAAUCCAGUACAAGAAAUGAUUCACUUGCCCAUUUAUAGACAUCUUCGAAGAUUUAUUUUGUCAGUGAUUGUCUUUGGUUCCAUUGUCCUUCUUAUGUUGUGGCUCCCUAUACGUAUUAUUAAGAAUCUGCUGCCCAAUUUUCUUCCAUAUAAUGUCAUGCUGUACAGUGAUGCCCCAGUGAGUGAACUGUCUCUUGAGCUGCUCCUGCUACAGGUGGUGUUGCCAGCUUUACUUGAACAAGGACACACUCGACAAUGGCUGAAGGGUCUUGUCCGAGCAUGGACUGUUACUGCAGGAUACUUGUUGGAUCUUCAUUCUUACUUACUUGGGGAUCAAGAAGAGAAUGAAAACAGUGCAAACCAACAAGCUAACAACAACCAGCAUGCUCGUAACAACAAUGCCAUUCCAGUGGUGGGAGAAGGUCUUCAUGCAGCCCAUCAAGCCAUACUUCAACAAGGAGGACCUGUGGGCUUUCAGCCUUACCGUAGGCCUUUAAAAUUUCCACUCAGGAUAUUUCUGUUGAUUGUCUUCAUGUGUAUAACCUUACUGAUUGCCAGUCUCAUCUGCCUUACUUUACCAGUAUUUGCUGGCCGAUGGUUAAUGUCAUUUUGGACGGGGACUGCCAAAAUCCAUGAACUAUACACAGCUGCCUGUGGUCUUUAUGUCUGCUGGUUAACCAUAAGGGCAGUAACAGUUCUAGUUGCAUGGAUGCCACAGGGACGCAGAGUGAUCUUUCAGAAGGUUAAAGAGUGGUCUCUUAUGAUAAUGAAGACUUUGAUAGUGGCAGUACUACUUGCUGGUGUUGUUCCACUUCUACUUGGACUUUUAUUUGAACUGGUAAUUGUUGCACCACUGAGGGUUCCAUUGGAUCAGACACCUUUAUUUUACCCAUGGCAGGAUUGGGCCCUUGGAGUUCUCCAUGCCAAAAUAAUUGCAGCCAUAACAUUGAUGGGACCUCAGUGGUGGUUAAAAACAGUGAUCGAACAGGUUUAUGCAAAUGGCAUCCGUAAUAUUGAUCUCCAUUAUAUCAUUCGAAAAUUAGCAGCACCAGUGAUAUCUGUACUGUUGCUUUCCCUUUGUGUACCUUACAUUAUAGCAUCUGGUAUUGUACCUUUACUAGGUGUUACUGCUGAAAUGCAAAAUUUGGUACAGCGUCGAAUUUAUCCUUUUUUACUAAUGGUGGUGGUUUUGAUGGGUAUCCUGUCCUUCCAGGUUCGACAGUUCAAGCGCCUUUAUGAACAUAUUAAAAAUGACAAAUAUCUUGUGGGACAACGACUAGUGAAUUAUGAACGAAAGUCAGGUAAACAAGGCACGUCAACACCAUCUCCACAGUCUUCUCAAGAAUAAAAUAGUUGUCUUAAAUAUCUUGACCUUCCUUUUGCCUUUAUGUGUCCUUUUUUGUGGACUCUUCUAUCUCUGGAUAAUAUUUUUCCUGGUGAUCCUCACAGCAAUGUUUUUACUUUAACUUUUUUUAAAAAUUCAUAUUCUUAGCAUUUAGAUAGCAGUUGAAGACCUGCUCCUCUAUCUGCAUCUUCUUCAUUUUUCAUUGCUGUCUGAGAUCUGUAUAUGUGUAAAUAGAAGUAUCCUGACACCCUAAACCUUGGAUUAAACAGAAUGUGCAUUGUACAUCUUUAAACAAAAUGUAUAUUAAUUUAUUAAAUCUAGUUGUCACUUUAUUUUGGACCUGCUGUUCUGUUGACAAGAAAAGUGCCACAAAGCAAUGGCGCAGAGAGGCAAGACUUUUCAGUGAAUUUGGAGCUCAUUUUAUGGUGUUCCUAAUAGUUCUUAUUAAAUUGAAUCAUUCUGACUUUCUUGGGUGGAGAGGCCUUACCAAGAACAUGAAAAGAAACAAAUACAAAUCAUCAGUGAAGUGUCUGUGGUAAGAAAACAUGAACUGUGUGCUUCACUAUCAACCUUUUUGAAAGUUAUUUUGUAUAACACCAAAGCUGUUGUACGUUUUCUACUGCCUGAUUUUUUUUUCAUGUGUCUGUGUUUGUAAUAUUGUACAGUAACUUGCUGUAAGUGAGGAACUUAUUUUUAAUUUUGAUAACUUUAAUAACCCUGGAGAUCAGCAUUGAAAGUCAGGUUUUUGUGCUUGUUAAGGGCAUGUCUACAUUUACCAAAAAACAAAAACACCAAAUCAAGGCUUUUUUGUUUUUUCUUUUACUCACUUGCAUUUGUUGGCAGUAGUGGCCAAAAAUCAUACGUCACAAAUCUUAUAGAAUAACAUCAUAAACAAUACAGUACUGCAGUUUUAUUGAAAUUAGUAGAUUUUUGUGAUGUUUUUGCUAAUUGUAGAUGUGGCUUAUUUCCUUAAGUAAAAUAUGUUGGAGAAAAGUAUUUGGAAAAAUCUAGUCCUUUGAGCUAGCAAAUAACCGAGUGGGAAUUAGGGAAUAUAUUUCUCUUACUUUAUCAUCUCCCCAGAUCUCAAAAGUUUUAUAUGUGAGUGAAUGCAUUGAUUCCCUUAUAAAUUUUAUCAGGCAGAAAAGCUAGUUGAGCUGGUUUGUUUUGUUUUGUUUUGUUUUGUUUUUGGUUGAGGCAAUUGGGGUUAAGUGACUUGCCCAGGGUCACACAACUAGGAAGUGUUAAGUGUCUGAGGCCAGAGUUUGAACUCAGGUCUUCCUGACUUCAGGUCUGGUACUUUAUCCACUGCACCACCUAGCUGCCCCAGCUGUUUUUUUUUUUUUUUUUUUUAAUGCAAACUGUAAUAUUAUAACCUUGCUAUGAAAUCUCACUCAAAAAAAUUAAUUUUCCUUGUAACCAAAGCUGCAAAUUAGAAACUUUACAGGGAGAACUGAUGGGCAAAUGGGCCGGAUAUUUUAAAUUACAUAUUGUAUGAAAUGAUCAGCAAGUAUGCCUUUUUUAAAGAAAGGCAGAAUUAACUUUGUUUGGUGAGUCAUAAAUGGCCAUAGGAGAAUGAUCUUUGUAAAUUACAGAAAAAAUUCAUAUAGUAUUAAAAUAUAUAAACUGAAAUCUCCAGAUUUUUUAAUACAAAAGUAUAACCAAACACAAACUACCAAAUCAAAAGCAACAAUUUCUAGUAGUUUCAUUUAUUUGCAGUCAUUCCCAAUCAACCUUGUCCCCUCCUAGGUUAUAAGUGAUUAUCUUCAUUUAAAUUUUUUAUUAAAAACUAUGGACGAAAGAAGCUUUACAUGGGGUGUAGUAUUACAUUAUUUUGCACUUUGUAGUACAUCUCUAUGUGUUUGCAGAUUUUUUUUUUUGUACUGCAUUAAGGAAUGUUGAAGCUAAAGCUCUGCUCAGUCCUUUGUCUAAUAAAAUUUUGGAUUUUCUUUGUUCUAAA